GGCCACGCGCACAAACGUACGUACGCACGCCACCGGGAGAGCGAACUCAACAUUUUGGAUAUUAGCGCGCAGGGAAUCGCCGUUUUUCACUCGCGGGCGGCAAAAGAAUUGGACUGGCCGUCCUCAUGCCCGUAGAGGCAGGCUGGCCGUGCAGGCAGUAGAAGAAGAAGAAAAGAAGAAGAAGAAGAGGAAGUGAAAAAAGGGGGACAGGGUGGAGGACAAGAGUGUGCUGACGUUUGGCUGGUGGGCGUGCAGGGAGCAACAUCUCAGGGAUAUGUCCACUGGCAGUACAAGAGGUCAUGGGGGUCUUAACCAACUAGGCGGAAUGUUUGUUAAUGGCCGUCCACUUCCGGAGGUGAUCCGGCAGCGCAUCGUGGACAUGGCCCACCAGGGGGUCCGGCCGUGCGACAUCUCCCGCCAGCUUCGAGUGAGCCACGGCUGCGUCAGCAAGAUCCUGGGACGGUAUUACGAGACGGGAAGCAUCAAACCCGGCGUGAUCGGCGGCUCCAAGCCCAAAGUGGCCACACCGAAGGUGGUGGACAAGAUCGCAGAGUACAAGCGGCAGAACCCCACCAUGUUCGCCUGGGAGAUCAGGGACAGGCUGCUCGCCGAGGCGGUGUGCGACGGCGACACCGUGCCCAGCGUCAGCUCCAUUAACAGGAUCAUUCGAACCAAAGUCCAGCAGCCAUUUAAUCUCCCCCUGGAUGGGAAAGGCCUAAGCCCUGGACAAACCCUGAUUCCCAGUUCGGCUGUCACCCCACCUGAGUCUCCGCACUCGGACUCUUUGGGCUCCACCUACUCCAUUAGCGGCCUCUUGGGAAUCCCCCAAGCUAGCAGCGAAGGCAAGAGGAGCCACGAUGACAGCGACCAGGACAGCUGUCGGCACAGCGUGGACUCUCAGGGCAGCGGCGGCGGUGGCAUACCCAGGAAAAGCAUGCGGGUGGACCACUUCUCGCAGCACGUGGACUGUGGCUUUGAGCGUCCCCACUACCCUCCGGACUCCUUCUCCGCCUCCGGUAGCAAGACGGAGCAGACUUUGUACCCGCUGUCGCUCAUCAGCGGCAGCUUGGAUGAGACCAAGGGCAGCCUGUCGUCAUCCAGCGCCGCCAUCGGACGCAACCUGACGGCGCAUCAGGGCUACGCCAUGGUGCCCGUUUCCCCAUUGUUUCAUGUACUCCAUUUUGCCGCCUCGCCGCACCCUCGUCCAGAGCCCCUCCAGUCCCUGCCGCUUUGCCUGAAGCAGGAAAUGUCCCCGGAGGUCACCAGCACGAGCCCCGCCUCGCCAAACAUGGCGCCGUCCAACAUGGCAUUUGUGGAGCUGCAGAAACCCGUCUCUUUGAAUAGCUGCAGCGGCGGCGGCAGUGGCGGAGCUAGCAACCAUUUCCCCAAUUCCUUCAACUCAUUCUCCCAUCAUGCACCUGUGUAUGGCCAGUUUGGCAGCCAGUCAAUCAUCUCAGGGCGAGACAUGGUGAGCUCCACCCUGCCGGGUUACCCGCCUCCCAUCCCGUCGCCGGCUCAGUCGGGCUACUCCUCAUCGGCUAUCGCCGGCGUGGUCGCAGGUGCCGACUACCCCGCUCAGUCCUACAGCCACUCGCCCUACGCCUCCUACAGCGAAGCCUGGAGGUUCACCAACUCCAGCAUACUGGGUUCACCUUACUAUUACAGCACAGCCUCCCGCAGCGCCCCUCCCUCAGCAGCUGCCUACGACCACCUCUAGUCCCCGACCGGACGGACCUUCACGAGCCAGAUUCGAACCUGGAUGGACUUUCUGACAACUCUGCAGAUGAACCAGCAACCUAUUUUUUUUUCGGGGGGGUUGGGGGGGGGUGCG